AUGUAUUUCGCGGCCAUAGCUUCUUCACGACAAAGCUUUUUAUCAGACUCUUUCAGUUUCCGACACAGUUUCAAACCCAGAUCCAGUAAUAAUCUCACUCGUCCCAGUUCAAUCUGUUGCAAAUCCCUUCACCACGAGGACGAUGCUGAUUCUUCCCGGAAAAAUGAGAAUCAGCUGGCGAAAUUCGCAAUCGCGACGCUAGCGGUUGGCGUUUUGGCUUUGGGAUCCGUUGGGGAUGCGUCUGCGGCUAAGAGCGGCGGAAGAGUCGGCGGUCAAGCGUUUCGGCCUUCAGCUCCUCGGCCUUCAGCUCCUAGGCCUCCUCCUAGAAUUAACAACCGAUCGAGGACCAACAUCUACGUGAAUCCUCCGGUGGCACCACCUUUGAUCGGUGGCUAUGGAUAUGGAUACGGUGGUUAUGGAUGGUCACCCUUUUCCUUUUUUGCCCCUGGUCCUGCGGUGGCAGUGGGUGCCGGUGGUGGCUUCGACCUCCUCGUUCUCUUCAUGUUUUUUGGAGCCGCUUCAGCCGUGGCUAGAAACUUUUUCCGAUCAAGAAAUGAUGAAGACGACGAAGAUGACUAUUAG